AUGGCAGAUAUAUCAAUUGUACAAACAACAGAUAGAAUAUUGUUGAUUUCAACAAAUAAAAGAAUAUUACCAUAUGGUAUUGCAAUUAAUAAAUCAGAUUUCAGCUAUAGUAGAUACGAUGGUACCACUCAAAAGAUACCAUCAGAAGAGAAUGUCAUCUCCACUACCAAUAUCCAAGGUUGUUUGAUUGGUGUUGCUCCACUUCUUUCCGGUCGUUACUUGAUUGUUGCAGACAAGACAACUGUAGUCGCUCAGAUUCCAGGUGUUUCAUCGACACCGAACAACAUCUACCGUGUCGACUCUGUCCAGUUGAUUCCGUUCCACGCCAACCAACAAUCGCUCAUUACCAUCCCACUCUACGAUGAGGAACAGUCGUAUCUCGAGAUGCUCCAAUGGAUCUUACAGGUGAAAUCAUUCUACUUUUCAUUCACCACAGACAUUACCCAUACUCGCCAACGUGAGAUCACCGCCACCGCACCGGAUCAGCGUUUCUUCUGGAACCGCAACUACGUCACCGACUUUCAAGAGGUAGCCAAAGAGUGGGUCGUACCUUUGACAAUGGGAUUCGUCAAACAAAGUAAAUUCAACUACGCCGGACAAGACUAUCGUAUCACCUUGAUGUCACGUCGUAACCACCAACGUGCAGGAACUCGUUACUACCAACGUGGUGCCGACCAAAAAGGUAACGUCGCCAACAACGUAGAGACCGAGCAAAUCUUUGAGUCACUCUCACAAAAAGAUACCUACACCUCAUUCGUCCAAAUUCGUGGUUCCGUUCCAUUGCUCUGGUCGCAAUUCCCCAACCUCGCUUACAAACCACGUGUCAAAUUCUACGGAAGCGAAACCGUUAACCAGUCUGCAGUACGUACACAUUUCUCUCAGCUCUACGAUCUCUAUGGUGAUACUACCAUCGUUAAUCUGAUCGACAAGAAAUCCGAUGAACUCAAACUCGGUGAAGCCUACGAGAAGGGAAUCGCCAAGUUGUCACACGUCAAAUACAUCUGGUUCGACUUCCACGCCAUCUGUAAAGGAAUGCGUUACGACAAACUAUCGAUUCUCAUGGAUAUGAUUAAAGAUGACAUUCAACGCGAUGGAUUCUUCAUGGCAAAGGGUGGCAGUCCAGUCCAACGUCAAAAGGGUAUUGUUCGUACCAAUUGUAUCGACAAUCUCGACCGUACCAACGUAGUCCAGACACUCGUCUCCAAACAACAACUGGUUGCACAACUCACUGCACUCGCCAUCGAUAAGAAACUACUAGACUCACCACAGUUUGAUUCAAUCUACAAGAACAUGUGGGCCGACCACGCCGAUGUCAUCUCAACACAAUACAGUGGAACCGGUGCUCUCAAGAACGACUACACUCGUACCGGUAAGCGUUCAACCGCCGGAUUGAUCCAAGACGGUGAAAACUCACUCAAGCGUUACUACCUUAACAACUUUAUCGAUGGAUUCCGUCAGGAUGCAUUCGAUUUGUUCACCGGUGUCUACAAGGUCGACGCCGAACAACUUCGUCAACCAAAACACCCAAUGCAACUGAUAUGGAUUGCAUUUGUACUCCUCGUAGCUUUGUUUAUCUACACAUUCAUCCUACCAUCUUCAACUACCAUACUCAACUCACUCAUCGUAUUCAUUGUCUUUUGGUUAGUAACACUCUUUAUCACUGCAAAAUCAAUGAAGAAAUACAAUAAUCUCUUUGUAGAUAAACCAUUUUUAGUAAAACCAGAAGAGACUUAUCGUUUUUAA